GCUGCUACAUGCUUAGCUUGCUCUCAUUGCGCUGCACUUCACACCUUUUUGACACUCAUUUCGUGAUCUGUGACAGCAAGGCAGAAGUGUCGGUCAGUAUCCUCUCUCUAAUCAAACAUCAACUUAUUAGCUCUCAUGUCUGGAUUGCACUUGCGCCGGAAUCAUUACGGAUAUUGAGUUCUUCCAUCUGCGCAAACAGCUCAGCUCAGCGGUGUGAAAGGUCGUGAGGUGUUCAAGAUGGCGCCUGUUUGAAGUUCACACUCUGUACGUUCCUGCAUAGGCACCCCAUGCUGACACCACAGGGCAUCGGUUUACGCUGUGACAAAGGCACCAGUCCUGUCCACUGUCUUGCACAGCUAUGGCCAAGGACCAGCCAAAUGUGUUGGACCUCCUCCCUCUUCUGGAGUCCACUGACUUGCAUGAGCUGGAGCAUGUCAAAAGCCUGCUGCAGGAGACCCUCAGCAAAGAUAAAGGGACCAUGUUGCUGAAUAGCCUUGUGGACUAUUACCUGGAGACAAACUCAUCUCAAGCUGUGGACAUACUGUCUUCUGUCAGGGAGCCCCAUGAUAAGUAUCUAUUAGAUAAAAUGAAUGAAUGCAUGGGCAAGCAGAGCUGCCGGCUUUCCACCAUCACUCUCCUUGGCUAUGUUGUCCGCAAGCAGCCGCCAUGGAUCCACAAGAUAGCACGCUUCCCUCUGCUUGCCUCACUGCUGAAAUGCCUCAAGACUGACUCGGAUGUAGUAGUUCUCAUCACUGGUGUUCUGGUGUUAAUCACUUUACUACCCAUGAUUCCUCAAACCAACAAACAGCUUCUGUGCGAAUUUUUUGACAUCUUUGGACGGCUUGCUGCUUGGAACCAACGGCACCCAGGUCAUGCUCAGGGAGUGUAUGCAGUCCACCUGCAUGCCAGCGUGUACUCGCUCUUCCACCGGCUCUAUGGCAUGUACCCCUGUAAUUUUCUUUGUUACCUUCGUGCCCACUACAGCAUGAAGGAAAAUGCUGACACAUUUGAGGAAGUGGUUAAGCCAAUGUUAGAACAUGUCCGGAUACAUCCUGAGCUUAUCACCGGAACCAAAGACUAUGAGGUUGAUCCUAUUAGAUGGAAGCGAUUUGAGCCCCAUGACAUUGUUAUUGAAUGUGCCAAAAUUUCUCUGGAUCCUAUGGAGGCAUCAUGUCAAGAGGGCUACUCUUCUCUGUCUGAUCACAUGGCACGGCGCCCUGCAGACCAUAGCCGAUCAUGCUCAGAGCUUAGUAUGCAUGAAAUCACCUCUGUCACACCAGUGGCCACUGUUUGCAAGUCUCUCUCUCUGUCACUGCUUUAUCUCACUGUAAGCAAGGAAUCUGGUUCGAGCACACAAACCCCCAACCAUCAAAGUGAUGAGAUGAACUCCUCAAGGAUAAAGGAGGAGAUGUGGAGUCCUUCCUCAGUAUGUGGGAUGAGCACCCCUCCCAGCUCUAGAGGAAUGUCCCCCACCACUGUUUCUGAAGUCUCACAUAGUGCCUCCCACCUCUCAGGAGGGAUCCUUAACACUCCAGUGGAUGGGUCAUCUUCUUUCCCAUCGCUCUCAGAAGAACUAGAACAACCUGCCCAAAACACCAGCAGUACUCAGGCAAAGGUUAAUCAGCCGGGCAAAGAGCUGGAAAAAGUUAUGCCCAGAAGUAUUAACAACAAUGGAGGUCCAGGUAAUGCCAAGAGUCCAGUGUCAUUGGCGCAACUCUCUGACAUUGUCAGAAGGACAGACGGGGAGAGAAAGGAUGAUGCCAUCACGCAGGAGAUUUUGAGCUUGACCCAUGGGAGACUGGACUUUGGAACAAGGCCAGGCCCGGAUUCCUCUUUUUCCAGCUCCUCAGACACCCUCCUCUCGUCUCACUUCAGCAAUGAACCGAAUUUUGUCUCAACACCAGACAGGAGUAAAAGCUCUGCCAAAGGAAUAGAGCAGCAACCUCCAUGGGGCCUCUGGCCUGCUUUCACCCCCAUAGAGAACGAAAAGGGCAGUCUGAGUUCCCUGUCUGAACUGACGAAGGAAUCCAUGCCUUAUGAGCCACUGUUUGACCUCACCUUACCUAAGGUGGCAUCACUGUUUUUGGAGAGGAGGACCAUGGAGGCCUUGCGGAGGGCUGAAAGAGAAAGGGUGCACCGAGAGGAGGUGGAGGAUCUUUCUGCUACUUCCCCUCUGGAGGUGUUGGACCGUGUUAUUAAGCAGGGCCAUGAAACCCAUGAUAAAGUGCUGAAGAGAACUCUGUCUUCUCAAAGCCAGUCAGCCAGUCCACACUCUGGAGGUAAACAACAUAGCAAUAAAGGAAAAGGUUCUGUGUCUGCAGCAUCUGAUGAGCUGGGGAUGUUGCGUAAUCAGCUGCUGUUGCUGCAUAACCAGCUGCUGUAUGAAAGACAUAAGAGAGAACAACAUGCACUUCGUAACCGCCGUCUGUUUGGCCGUAUUGUCAACGCGACUGCAUUGGAAGAGCAGAACAACUCCAUGAAAACCCAACUGAAGCUUCAGGAUAUUGAGAUGCAGACUGUGCAAGUAAGUCUUCAGGAGGAGCAGCGGCGCUUCAAGUGUCUACAAGAAGACCAAGAGGCUUUAGUGAACCAACUGCUGACUCAAAUCCAACAACUGCAGCAGAAGCGGAAUGACUAUUACUCAAAGAUGCAGGAGCUGCAGACUGAUUUGAAUGAGAAUCGGAAGAAGGUAGGAGAAAUGGAGGCAGAGCUACAGAGAGCCAAUAACAAAGUGUGUAAUUUGGGACACCUGCUCAGCCAAAUGUCCAUAAAGCUCAACAAUAGUGAAAAUAUGGAGCAGCAGAUGGCUUUUUUGAACACACAGCUACUGCUUUUAGGUGAAGCCAACAAGAUUUGUGUAGAGGAAAUCGAGCGCUUAGGACCUGAGGCAAGCAAGGAGCUGAAGAUGCUGCAAGCGUCUUCACUGCGGGAGGUGGAGCGCUUGAGGCAGAGCUCUCUCCAGCAGAGUCAGAGACUCGAGGCAGCCCAACAGCGCAUCACAGAUCUGGAGACCCAACUCGUCAAGAAAGAGCAGGUCAUCCGAGAGCAGAAGAAACUGCUGGAGAAUGUUAAAAGCCAAGCCACGGAGCAGCUGCAGGCUUCAGAGAACCGGUAUUUGGCCCAGAAGCACAUCACUCAGGCAUUACAGUCAGAGCUGCUUGAACUCUAUAGCCAGAUAGAGUUAAAAAAACUGAAAACCAGUUCACCAGCAGAGCACACUUCUGGGGCCAGCAGUCCCACCAACCAGAGGCCAAAUGGCAACGGCACUGGACCAUCUGCUCCAUCUCUAUCAGCUGACCCAGUGAAAAGAGAGGAAGGCACAUACGUGUGUGUCGAUGGCGAAGUCUCUGUAGGGUCUCCUCGAACACCCGUUAACGGCAGUCAGGAAGAUCUUUCCGCCCUCACUCGUUCAUUUCCCUCUCUCCCCUGCGACUCCCCACUGGCUGUUGGCUCAUACCCCAAUACCAGAAGUUUCUUGGGCAAGCGAGCCAGAGAGUUGUUCCGCAAUAAAAGCGAGAGCCACUAUGAGGUGGAACCAGUAGCGCUCACCUGCUUCUCCCCAGAUCUUAAGGUUGAGCCCGGCACAGACCCCUCAGAGAACACACAGUUUGAAGGGGCCACUGACCAGGCUGACCUGCAGCCCAUGGAUAGACCCCGGGCAUAUAAUAUUCAGUGUAGGAGGCAGCAGGAUCUGCGGAUCAUGGACUACAAUGAAACCCACCAUGAGCAUUGAUUGUAUACUGCUGUUUGUCUACAAUUAGAAAAGAAUAUUUUGGACCCAGUAUUAGACUGCACAACUCUUUUUUUUUUUUUUUUUUUUUUUUGAGUGGUUUGCAGAGUUUUAGUUUUUUUUAAAAUCUCUGUUGUACAACGGAACAGCCAAAAAUUAAAAUAAAAAUCGUCAUUUGACAGGGCAGCCUCAGUUGCCAUGUAGUCACCACAGUGGCAAGAGAAAUAUCUUGUCAUCUCAGUCUAAUGUUAUCAAGUUAAUUAUGAAUUAAUUGUAAUUCAGUAUAUUUUUAUUAUCACCAUUCAGCAAGCAGCUGUGGGGAUUCUGUUCUGUGGUGGUUGGAUGUAACUCAGUCCUCACUGUAUUUUACAGCAAAUGCAUUGCCUUAAUCACUGUAUUUGCUCUUGUAAUUGCCCCAUUUGUUUUUACAUCUUUCUGAAUUGAUCCAAGCAAAACUGCCCCUUUGAGUCAUACAGCGAGAUGUGUCUCAGAAAUUGCACAAUACCAAGUGUGAUCAUUACAUCAGUUCCCUCUUGGAGCACUGUAAAUAGUUCAUGCCUUUGAGAAAUCAAUCAAUCUGAUAAAAAUGUGAAAAAAGAAAAAGAAGCUAUGUAAGGGAUAGAUAAAUAGAAUAAGAAAUCACAUUUCAUUGCUAAGGCUAGCCAUGUGGGUACAUGCCAUAGCAAUGCUUUGUGUGCUUUGCCUAGACAGAAAAUGAGUAAGCAAGUGUUGUGUUGUAGCUCUAGUAAAAUAUUUUUUUAUGCAUUAACUUUCUUUACUGUGAUUGGAGAGCCCAGUCACCAGUGCAAUAAUUCUUAGCAUAAAACUUUAUGCCUGCUCAAUGGUAUGAGUGAUGAAAAAAAAAAAAAAACAUAUUUUUGCUAUUUUGCAGGGCUCUCAGGGCCAUACAGAACACAGGAUAUGCUGCUGUAGGUGCAUUUUAGUGCAUUUGUCCUGUUAAAUCAAGAAAUUGGAAAAUCAUUGUGGUCUUGAGGUGUAUUUGAAAGGCAAAUGCUUAUGCAUUAAUAGAGUACAAAAUAUGGCCACUGCAAUACGUAUAGAUUGUAAUACACUGUAAGACACACUAAACUUGGAAAAGAAGCUGCUCGUUAUAAGCCUGUUCUUCUGUUCCUCUGUUAUUUCCUUUUAUUUCUGUCUUACACAGGUCAGACCCCAACUGCAAAGAAAAGGUUCUAUAAUGGGCUGCAGAUGGCUGAAGUAAAAGCACUUUAAAAAAAAAAAAAAUCAGGGCUUCAUAAGAUUACUGAACUCUAGUCGAGCAUUAGACUUGUCUCUUUCUAAAACCAUGCCCUUGGGGGUUGUUUUUGUUGCGAGAUAAAGUUGGAAUAUGUGAAGCGCUGUUGCAAAAAAAAAAAAAAAAAAAAAAAAAAAACAUGCUGGCUUCAGCCUGCCAGCUGUGAAAAUGCCUCUGUUUACAUUUCUGUUUCACUCAAACAUUACUUUCCCUUUUUAUACCAAAAGCCCACUCAAAACAUUUUGUGUCACAAAAUGCCUUAUUGGAAAAAAUAGGAAGCCUGUCCCUCACCUGAAGCCAUUUGUCAAUAGAUUUGUUUAGAGCUAUGGUACAAUAGGACAAUGACGUGUUACAGGUAACCAGGGGCUCUCUGUCCAGAAGUACUGUUUUGAAUUCAAGAAAAAGAUCUGUGUUCUCCUACUUGUUUAGCUAUGAUCAACAAAAAUAAAAUUUAUAUGUUUUGCA